AUGGCACAGAGCUGGUUUGGUAAAAUACCCAAAUGCACCAUAACCUCUUUCCGGCAGCUAGCUAUCUUGUUUCGCACCCAAUAUGUGGCAAACAUUGCCAGAGAAAGGAUGACAGGGGAGCUGAUGUCAGUCAUCCAGGGGCCUCAGGAGUCUCUGGGGGAAUACAUAUCCAGAUUCAAUAUGGAGGCGUCGAAUAUACCCAAGUUGCAGCAGGAGGUAGCAGUCCUGGCCAUGAUGACUGGUCUGCGGGAUGGAGAAUUCAAGAGUUAUCUGGGCAGAAAAUCAUUCACAACCCUGGCAGAGGUACUAGGAAAGGCAAAUGAAUUUAUAAAGAGUGAAGAAAUUGGCAGAGCAACCUCACGUCGAUAUGUGGCAAGUGAGAACAAUUACGGUAGUCAGAGCAAGAAAGAGCCAUACAAAAAAGAAUACCCAGACAGAAGAGAAAACCCACAGCCCAGAAAAGACUGGCAGGGACCAGGCAGAGGCAGAGGUAACGAAUUCAAAACUGAAAAGAGGGGGAAGUUCAAUGAAUAUACCUCCUUAGUGGCAUCCAGAACUCAAAUUUUUGCCAUCAGCAAAGAAGACGAGAAGUGGCAGAGACCUCCCAAAAUGUACAACAAAUACAGGGACCCAAAAAAGUACUGUGACUUUCACAGAGAUCAUGGCCACCUCACAGAAGAAUGCACUCAUUUGAAGGAUAAUAUCGAAGAUCUGAUCCGGAAGGGAUACUUGACUCAGUUCAAAGCAAAAAGCUCGUAUAGCAGGACCUAUGAGAAUAGAGAUAAUGAUAAUAGGUCUGACAAUAAGAAGGUGGAACCCAAGCAAAGCUACCCAGCAGACCAAAAGAGGAUGGGCGACAUUUUGGUCAUAACAGGAGGGCCAGUUUACGCAGGAACCACUGUUAGCGGUGCCAAGGCCAGUGUGAGCGAAUUCAAACACCAGGUUAAUUACCAUAAUUCUGGCAGGUGGCCUGCCCCUCCAAAAAUCCCGCAGUGCACUUUCACAGAGGAGGACUGUGAAGGCAUAAUAUACCCCCAUGACGACCCUAUGGUACUAGCCCUGAACGUAGCAAACAGAAAAAUUCACCGUAUUCUGAUAGACGGAGGUAGCUCUGCAAACAUCUUGUUCUGGCCUGCUUUCCAAGAGUUGCAAAUUGAUGAGAAAUACGUAAAGCCAGUCAAUUACCCAGUAAUCGGAUUCACAGGAGCCACAGUGAUACCAGAGGGGAUAGUCAGUUUGCCAGUGCAGAUUGGCCAAGGGAAGGAUAUCAAGGACAUCAUGGUAGACUUCAUGAUUGUGAAAGUCCCUGCAGCCUACAACGUCAUUCUUGGCAGACCAUUCAAUCAUGACGCAGGGGCUGUAGUCUCUACUUAUCACCUCACCAUGAUGUAUACGACAAAUGAUGGCCGCUCAGCCAAGGUCAAAGGCAGUCAGGAGCAGGCUAAGAAGUGCUACCACACAGCGCUAAAACAACCACCCAGACCCCCACCACUGGCAGAAGAAGAACUUCCCCAAUCUCGAAAAAGAAAGAGAGCAGAGCGUAAAAAAGACAAGUUGCUAAGCAUGGAAACUUCGAGCAUCGGGAAGAAGGUCUGUUGGAACCCACGUCAACUGACGAAACUGAGGAGAUAG